AUGGCUGAUCCUUUCCUAUAUCACACUGGAGAAAGAUCUCAUUAUGGGUGCCUUGGACAUGAAGUACAAAUUGAGCACAUCAUGGCAUAUGUUUGUAGACCAUCCUUUUUCACAGACAAAGCAGUGAUUGUUGUUCAUGAUAUAUUUGGAUGGCUGUUCCCAGACAUUAGAUACAUAGUCGAUUUGAUUGCAGGUCAUGGAUACAUCACCAUCUGCCCAGACUUCUUCAAGGGAACAGAGCCCUGGAAAACUACUGAUCACUGGGCUGACUUUGCUGACUGGAUGAAAGCUCAUGAUCCUACGAAAGUAGAUAAGGAAGCUGAUGUUGUCUUGAAGUAUCUAAAGGAACAAUGCGGUGCAAAGAAGAUUGGUAUCGUUGGGUUUUCCUGGGGUGGAAUGGCAGUACAUCACUUGAUGCUGAAAAAUCCUCAAUUAACCGCUGGGGUGUCCCUCUAUGGAAUAAUAAGGGACUCUGAAGAAAGAUACGAUUUACUAAAUCCCACAUUUUUCAUUUUUGGUGAGAAAGACCACACUAUUUCUUCUGAUCAGAUCAUCUUAUUAGAGGAGAAGCUGAAAGAGUACUGUAAAGUUCCAUAUAAAAUUAAAGUUUAUCCUGGACAAGUUCAUGGGUUUGCACAACUGAAGCCAGAAGAUAUGAAACCUGAUGAUAAACCUUAUAUUGAAGAAGCUAGAAAGGAUAUGAUUGAUUGGGUCAAAAUGUUUGUUUGA